GUUUCAUAUAAAUCGCGCUGGCCACACCGCGCACUGGUCGCCUCUUAUAAGCUAAAUUUAUUUACUAUCUUUUCCAAAGUUUUACUUAAUAUAUUACGCACAUAAGCAACAUGUCUAUGCGACCUGACGACCAUCGAAGGAAAUGGGACAAGAACGAGUACGAGAAGCUGGCAGCCGAGCGCCUGCUCAACCAGGUGGCUCCCAAGGAAGAAGAGCCUGUUCAGAGGGAGAACCUGAAGAGACGAGACUAUAAAGUGGAUCUGGAUAGUAAGCUCGGCAAGAGCGUGGUUAUAAACAAGAACACACCCACGUCACAGUCUGGAGGAUACUAUUGCAAUGUGUGCGAUUGUGUGGUUAAGGACUCCAUCAACUUCCUCGACCACAUCAAUGGCAAGAAGCACCAGCGGAACCUGGGCAUGUCCAUGAAGGUGGAGCGCAGUACCGUGGACCAAGUAAAAGAGCGCUUCCAGCAAAACAAGAAGAAGAUGGAGGAGAAGCAGAAAGACUACGAGCUCGAGCGGAGAUUGCGCGAGGCGAAGGAGGAGGAGGACCGAUACAAGGAGCACCGCAAGGAAAAGCGGAAAGAGCGGAAGCGCAAGGCUGAGGACAACGACGAGUUUGCCUCUGGCGGUCUGCCUGAUGACAUGGCCGCCAUCAUGGGCUUCUCCGGCUUUGGCGGAUCCAAAAAAAACUCGUAGAUCCUAAGUGUUGAGCUGCUCCUUAGUUUUAAAAGCGUAACCAAUUUAGAAACUAACCACCUACAGAUAAAUUGUUUAUAUGAUGGCCAAUAGGGACAAUUAUUUUACAAAAGGCUGCCGAGAUACAAGAAAACAAAACACCUUUCAAGUAUACUAUAUUCAUAAAAAAGUAUACCUGAGAUUUAUUUGG